AUGUCUCCGCCAUCUGUCAAGCAACUCUACGACGGCCAGUUUCUGCAGCGCGUUCUCGAACAGAUCGUGCAACCUCCGACAUUCUGGAACACACUCGUCGAGGCGCAUGAUACUCGCGUGCUUUCUAGCGACGGCACUCGCGCGUUCGCGUGGCUGCUACACGAGCUGUUGUACAGUCGCUCCGAGAGUAUCCCAGACGUACGAGACAUUGCAAAGCGCAUCACCAACAAUGGAUCUUUCAUCAAUUCAGACUCCCUGGAUGUGCGAAACAUAGGUCAUAAGAUCAAGCACAUCCUAGACAGCACAUCCAAUGAGUCCGCCGACGGCCCGGGCGGGCGACACGACAACGACUUCGCGCAAAUCCAUAAGAUCAAGCUCCUACCCACACCAGACGAAUUCGCAUCUUCCGAGCAUCCAUUCUAUAGACGGGCGGAUUCUAUCGCAUCUGCUGCUCCGGAGAGCCGCGGUCUAACCCAUGUUGACAACCAAUUUCGCUUGCUUCGCGAGGAUCUUCUGGGUGAGCUGCGAAACGAUUUCCAGAUCGCUAGUGGCCAGAAGAAAGGCCGACGAAAGAUAGUCCUCGAACAUCUAAAAUAUUCCGGUAUCGACUGCGGAUCGGAGACGAAACGCAAGCCUUGCUCGUUAAAACUUCUUUGCCCGGACAAUGUUCCACAGCUGCGCAACGUCAAGGCCAUUGAUCGUAAGAAGUACCUCGCCGACAACAAAAACGUCCUAAAGCAUCAGUCACUCGGCUGCCUUAUUAGCAACGGCAACAUUAUCGCAUUCGCAACUGUGGACCGCGAUGAAGACCUCCUUGCUCAGCAACCUGCUAUCGUCGUGCUGCAAGUGACCGACGCUAGCUCAUUUGGCAAAGUGUUGAUGGCAUGUAAGCUCGCAGCGGAUCUCUGCUUUGUACAAGUAAAUACUGCUGUAUUUGCGUAUGAGCCUAUCCUCAAAUGUCUUCAGUGCUUGACCGAGUUGCCACUUGAGGACCAGCUCCUCAGUCUUACCCCAAGUUCCGCUGAAGAGGUAUCUGGUAUUCAGCCGACCAAGACCAUCAACGCCAUCCGCGACCACUGGGAAGAAGACCUCCAAGACAUUAUUAGGAGUACUCAUUCAAUCAAGCUCGAUCAGGCCCAAGCAGAUUCACUGCUGGCUGGUCUACAGAAGAGAGUCAGCCUUAUUCAAGGCCCACCAGGCACCGGCAAAAGCUUCAUCGGAGCACUUAUCGCAAAGAUACUACACGAUAAUACCAAUGAGACUAUGCUCAUUCUCACGUAUACGAAUCAUGCUCUGGAUCAAUUCCUGGAAGACAUCCAAAAGGCCGGCAUCCCGGCUAGUUCGAUCGUGCGGCUAGGAUCAAAGUCGAAUGCCAACACUCGUGCACUCACCAUUAGAGAACAGCCGAACAACUAUAAGAUGACUGGACAAACAUGGGCCAUGAUCCAAGACCAAAAGACAGAAGCGGAUCUUAUCAUGACGCCCUAG